AUGAGGGAAGCCUGGAGGUGCCUGCUGGGGCUGUGCCUCCUGGCAUGCUCCGCCUCCGCCGCCUCCCAACACGGUGCCGCCAACCCCUUUGCUGGGCAACAGAUGCCCCCAGACCCCUGCUACGACGAUGCGGGCGCCGCACGCCGCUGUAUCCCCGAGUUCAUCAAUGCCGCCUUUGGCAAGGAGGUGGCAGUGUCUAGCGUGUGUGGCCGGCCGACACCGUCGCGCUAUUGUAGCGUGGUGGAGCGCGGUGAGGAGCGGCCCUCAGUGCGCACCUGCCAGAUCUGCGAUGCAGCGGACCCGUGGCGUGCCCACCCGCCCUCCUACCUCACCGACCUCAACUCGGCCAACAACCUCACCUGCUGGCAGUCGGAGAACCUGCACACCUCGCCACACAACGUCACCCUCACCCUGUCACUGGGAAAGACGUUUGAAAUCACCUACGUCAGCCUGCAGUUCUGCUCGCCCCGCCCCGAGUCACUGGCCGUCUACAAGAGCAUGGACUACGGCAAGAGCUGGACGCCUUACCAGUACUAUUCGUCCCAGUGCCGGCGCAUGUACAACCGGCCCAACAAGGCGGCCAUCACCAAGCAGAACGAGCAGGAGGCCCUUUGCACCGACGGCCACACUGACCUCUACCCCCUCUCCGGAGGGCUCAUUGCCUUCAGCACUCUGGAUGGGCGGCCCUCCGGGAAGGACUUUGACAACAGCCCUGUGCUCCAAGACUGGGUAUCAGUCACUGACAUCCGCGUGGUCUUCAGCCGGCCCCAGCUGCCCCGCGAUUUAGGGGCAGGAGGAGGGGGGGGGAUAGGCGGGGGAGGCCGGCCAGACGAGGACCCAAUGGUACCGUCCACAUCUCUGCCGGCGUACUUCUACGCGGUGGGGGACUUCCAGGUGGGCGGGAGGUGUAAGUGCAACGGGCACGCCUCACGCUGCCUCAAGGACAAGGAGGGCAAGCUGGUGUGCGACUGCAAGCACAACACAGAGGGGCCCGAGUGCGACCGCUGCAAGCCCUUCCACUACGACCGGCCGUGGCAGAGGGCCAGCGCCCGUGAGGCCAACGAGUGUUUACGUGAGUCCCAGCUCUAA